GCUCGCGCUUAUUCCUGGAACGACUUUACAUUUUUUGAAAUGAUAUUGGAAGGGUUUAAAAUCAGCACUCUACAAGAGAAAGUGAAGCCAGACUGGAGUAAGGAUUACAUGUUCGGCUAUCAGUUUCUGAACGGCUGCAAUCCUGUCAUGAUCAGGAAGUGCAUGGAAAUCCCAGACAAAUUUCCAGUCACACAUGAGAUGGUGAAGGGCUCUCUGAAGACAGGAGUCACUCUACAAGAGGAAUUAAAGGCAGGAAACAUCUACAUAGUGGAUUAUGAAAUACUGAAGGGAGUCCCAACAUCCAGCGAUCAGCUCUAUUUGACUGCACCCCUCUGCCUGCUGUACAAGAACAGACUGGACCAAAUUGUGCCAAUUGCCAUUCAGGUAUCUCUCAGUCAAACCCCAGGGGAAGAGAGCCCGAUCUUUCUCCCGAGUGAUAAUGAACAUGAUUGGAUGCUUGCCAAGAUGUGGGUAAAAUCUGCCAACUUCCUUGUACACCAGUUGGUCACACACCUUCUCAAGACACAUCUGAUUUCAGAGGUUUUUGAAAUGGCCAUGCACAGACAGCUCCCUCUAGUCCAUCCUGUAUACAAGUUACUGAAACCUCAUAUUCAUUUCACAAUUGCCAUCAAUACAUUGGCCCGUGAAAAACUCAUCAAUGAAGGCGGGGUCAUCUGCAAGAUUAGUAGCAUCAAUAAAGUUGGGAUGGCUAAAGUGAUUCAAAGUGCCAUGGAGACUUUAACCUACGAGUCCCUGUGCUUCCCUGAGGCCAUUGAAGCUCGAGGAAUGGAAGAUGUGCCCAAGUACUAUUAUAGAGAUGAUGGCAUGAAGAUCUGGGAGGCAAUACACAAUUAUGUUUCUGCUGUGGUCAAGAUCUACUAUGUCAGUGAUGAGGCUGUUAAAAGUGACGGGGAGAUUCAAGACUUUGUUAAGGAUGUUUCCUAUGGCAUGAAUAAUUCUGACAAGUUUCCAGUCACUCUGAGCACUCGAGAGGAGUUAGUCAAGUACCUGAGCGUUGUGAUAUUCACAGCUUCAGCACAACAUGCUGCGGUCAACUUUGGACAGUUUGACUGGUAUGGCUGGAUCCCCAACAAUCCUUCAACCAUGCGCAAAGCGCCUCCCAAACUGAAGGGCCAAGUGGAUAUGGACUACAUCAUGGAGAGUCUGCCUGACCAUCAACGCUCCUGCCAAGUUCUAGGAACAGUUUGGGCCCUCAGUCAGUUCCAGAACAAUGAGCUGUACUUAGGCACGUAUCCAGAGAUGUGCUUCACAGAGGAACCAGUGAAGGAAGCCAUAAAGGCUUUCCGCAAGAAACUAGAUGAGGUGACCAAAGAAAUCAAGAGCCGGAAUGAGGGAUUAGCAUUGGAAUAUUGUUAUUUGUCCCCAGACAGAAUCCCCAACAGUGUCGCAAUUUGAGAAAAUAUUUUGACAGGCCUAUAUAGUGUUUAAGCCGAUGUGUGCUUGACAUAAAAAAGAGAUAUUUUGCCUUUUGAUUUUGAAUAUUGAUUUUGACAAGCAUAUGAUUAACGCUUCUUGAAUUUGAAUCUGUUGCUGGGAAGUAAGGGAUAAUAAUUUGUAAUGCUUCUGUGCAUGAUUGUUAAUCCAUUCAUUAUAUCCAUACAUAUCCAUUAUUUAUAUGUAUUAAUUUACUCAUAUUUUGAUUCAUAUUCUUUACUAUUCAAAUGAUCUUUUGUUUGUAGUCUAUUUUAGAUAAUCGUUUGACUUAUUUUUUGCCUUAAAGUUGUAUUAAGAUUAAGCCCCUUAAAGUUGCUUUAAUAAAAUAAAGAGAAAUAAAUUUUUCCAUUACA